ACCUCGUUGGCUGAACUACCUGUGCUGUACACAAUUGAUUCGAAGCUAUCCAAAAUUCCAAAAAAUGGCGGUGGCCGUCGCCCUUAGGAAUUUCCCUCUCCGGCCCGUGGCCACGAGUAGCUCAUCUCGCUCUCGAACCUACAAUUUUCCCUCUAGCUCUGCCAGCUUCUUCUCAAAAUCACUAUUCCCCGUCUCUUCUCCGCCGCUCUACUUAGAGCGCUCCCCUUCCCUUCGACUCCCUAGAGCUACCGGGGAAUUCGAUCAGGUUGGUGGUAGAGGAAAACAUAGUUUCCAGGAUUCAGCUUUUCAAAAGACAUCUAACUGGACCCAGCCGUUGUUGGACUUUGUCACAACCAACUUCCUUCCUCUUGCUCUUCUAAGUGGGAUAGCUCUUGGACUUGCAAAUCCAACUCUUGGCUGUGUUGCACACAAGUUCUCGUUGUCCAAAUUUAGUACUUUUGGUAUAUUUUUUCUUUCGGGGAUUAUGUUGCGCAGUAGAGAGCUUGGUGCAGCUGUAGAAGCUUGGCCUGUAGGGCUUUUUGGUCUAGGCUCAAUUUUGUUGCUAACUCCAUUUUUCUCAAGGCUUGUUCUACAAAUUCAGCUGGCGCCUUAUGAAUUGAUCACUGGAUUGGCUGCCUUUUGUUGCAUGCCGACUACCUUAUCAAGUGGAGUUGCUUUGACACAGCUUGUUGGUGGAAAUACUGCUUUGGCUCUUGCAAUGACAGUGCUCUCUAAUUUGCUAGGUAUUCUUAUUGUCCCAUUUUCACUUUCAAAGUUGAUAGGAGCAGGAACUGGGGUAUCCGUGCCUACUGAACAGUUAUUUAAGAGCCUUGUUAUGACACUUUUGGUUCCACUCAUUCUAGGAAAGGUCCUUCGUGAUUCAUCAGAAAGCAUGGCAGAAUUUGUUGAUCGGAAUCGCCAAUCUUUGUCCAUGUUAAGUGCCGUGCUUCUUAGUCUCGUGCCAUGGAUGCAAGUGAGCAGGUCCAGACCUCUGCUUUUGACAGUUAAGCCUGCAGUGUUUGCUACUGCAGUGGGCAUGGCAACGCUCCUACAUUUUUUGCUAUUGGCAUUCAACAUCAUUUCAGUGAAGAGCCUCUCAGUUGUUUCUGGUGGUGACAAGUCCAUUUUCUCAAAGAAUGAAAAUGCUCGUGCAGUCAUAAUAGUUUCUAGUCAGGUAUCAAAAAGCUAUGCUUUAGUUUCAAUGAGUGUGACAUCCCAAUGCACCCAUGUAUGGGCAUUUGGACGUUAUAAUUGACUAUCCGGACCAACUGAA